AUGAUCAGAAUCAACCUUGUUUGGAUGUUAGUCAGUCAAGUGUGCCUGAUUCACUCUGAAGAAGUUCCUCUGCAAAUUCCACUGACCACAGCUCAGCUCGGCGAGUCUGUAUCUCUUCCAUGUUUCUUCUCAGAGACAAUUGAUUAUUUCCAGUGGCUGUACUGGUACAAGCAAACUGCUGGUCAAAUGCCCCAAGUUGUGGCAACUCUAGAAAAGAGAAAAUCAGCUAAUUUUGUUCUUAAUGGAGAGUUUAAUGACCUACGUUUCACAAUGGAGAAAGUAAAAGUUGGAUAUCUUCUCAUCAUCAACAAUAUCAGCAGAUCAGAUGAGGCAGCAUACUUCUGUGGAAUAGGAACAGUGUAUGAGAUGAAGUUUAGAAAUGGAACAUUUUUGGCUGUAAAAGGUAACUUUAUUUCAACUGUAGAGCAACAGCCAGUGUCUGACCCAGUCCAACCAGAAGACUCUGUGACUCUACAGUGUACAGUACUCUCUAAGACCUGUACAGGAGAACACAGUGUGUACUGGUUCAGAGCCGGAUCAGGAGAAUCCUAUCCAGGAGUUAUUUACACCCCUGGGAACAGGAGUGAUGAGUGUAAGAAGAGCCCUGAGACUCCCUCUCCUACACAGAGCUGUGUCUACAGCCUCUCCAAGAACAACCUCAGUCUCUCUGAUGCUGGGACUUACUACUGUGCUGUGGCCACAUGUGGGGAGAUUCUGUUUGGCAAUGGAAUAAACCUAAAUAUUGGAAGAUCACUGGAACAUGUAGUCAUUGGACUGGGAGUGACAUCGAUUUUCUGUGUGAUUGUAAUCAUUAUCCUCAUCUUCACCAGAAAUACAAAGCCAAUUUGUGAACAUUAUCAAGUGGGUGUUGCACAGCAUAUUGGACAUGACAACUCAAGCACCGAAUGUGAUCAGGUGCCAAACACAGAUACGUUGAAUUAUGCUGCAUUGCAUUUCUCUGAGAAGAAAACUAAAAGAGGAAGAAAGAAGAGAGAGACACCACAGGAGAGUGUGUACUCUGAUGUCAGAUACUCAGACUGGGAGCGAACUUUAUGA